CCCACGCAGGCCGGGCUGGCCGCCAUGGCCGAGUUGCACAGGCCGUAUUCUUCCCUGAAGAAGCUCUCGUCAAGCCUCAACGGCCUCGUGCUGGUGUCUGGCAUCCUCCUCCUCGGCCUGGGCAUCCGCAGCCAGCACAGCGAGGCCGCCCUGAUCCGGGUCCUCGGGCUGGCCUCGGCCCACCUGCGGCACGUCGGCCACCUGUGCCUGGUGCUGGGCAGCACUGUCGCCCUGCUCGGCGUGGCCAGCUGCUAUGGGGCCGCCAAGGACAGCAGGGGCACUCUCUUACUUGGCUUCCUGUCCAUGGCCAUUGUCAUCGUCACAGAGGUCACAGCCGCCACCGUGGUCCUGUCCCUCCUGCCCGUGGUUCGCGAGUUGACCUUGGAGCACACCUUGGUGACCCUGAAGAACAAUUACCGAGGCUACAAUGAGCCGGACGACUACUCCUCGGAGUGGAACCUGGUGAUGGACAAGCUCCAGUGCUGCGGGGUGGACAACCACACCGACUUCCUGGGCUCCGCCUUUGAGAAAAGCACGGGCCACAGUUACCCCAGGGGCUGCUGCCGAUCCAUGGGCAUCGCAGCCUGUGACGGGCACAACGCAUCCUCGGCCGUCAUCCACCAAGGGGGCUGCUUCUCCAAGCUCUUGGAAAUAACCAAGAGGCAGAGCUCCGUGCUGUCCGGGGGUUUGCUGGGGGCGGCCGUGAUGCAGCUGCCGGGCACCCUGGCCACCUUGCUGCUGUUCAUCAAGCUCGGCUGACCCCGGCCCUGGAGUGGACGGCGCGGGGCC